AACCUAUCAGCACCCGUCGGGCAACCUUCUCACGUACCCUCUAACUAACAAGAUCCUUAAAGUACACACUCCUAAAGCUAACCAGCAUCGAGCCGCCAUGAGCAAUCCUGUCCCGUUCGAGCUCUCUCAAGCAGAGCGAUUAGAAAUCAGCCAGAUGUCUGCCCAUGAGGCUCAGCGGUGGCUCCGGAGCAAAGGGAGCAGGCACAGUCCUAUCUACAAAGCGUCAGCACCCUUCACAAUUCCUUCUGCCCUGCCGUCAGUCUCCCAAACGAGAUGCUGGUGGAGAUAUUCUUUUACGUCCAAGAUACAUCUCCAUAUAUGAAAUGGCGGGAGCUCACCCGGGUAUGCCGCCACUGGCGCGCGGUGGCACUGGAGACACCUGGCUUCUGGUUGGAGAUUGAUAUCACGAGGGGGCUUGGCUUCUUGCAGCUAUGUCUCCAACGUUCCCAAAACGCACUGGUAACCAUCAUUGCCAGUAACCGCGAGAGCAGACCGCGCAGGAUCAGAAGGAUACCCGAUGCUUCAAAUAUAAUGGCCGUCAUUACAUCUCACGCGCAUCGUAUCCGCUCUUUGCGAUUUUCACCCGUUAGCUGUCAUUUCAUGGCAGUAUACCUCUCGCUAUUGCGAACCGAGAUGCCCGCUCUCAAAACGUUGGCGUUGACCCCGUCCGAUGUCUGCUUACCUGAUUGGGAAUCCUCAUUCGAACCGCUAUCCAAUCAAUUCCCUAAUAUGCAGUCACUUAUCCUCGAAGGCACGAACGUACCGUGGGGCGCUCUAGCCCUCAGAAACCUCGUACAUCUGGAACUGCGUCGCGUGAAGUUCAGGUCUCCCCCAUCCGCGAAUGCGAUGUUUACCCUCCUCAAGGAAUCCCCGAGUCUCGAGUACCUCACGUUGGAGUGGUCAUGGCCGAAAUCAACCAGGGCGGAUCCCGUCAUGCAUGCGUCUGAGAAUUCUGAUCAUACCAUCACCCUGCCCCAUCUGUGGAAACUGCGCUUGGCGGAUCAAUACGAGGUCGUAUCGAGCUUUCUCUCCCGUGUCACCAUCCCCAUCGACGCUUCCGUUGAACUAUUUUGCGACAAUUACACAUUGGGAGAGGACAGGAGGAGCUGGAACAUUAUUCCGGCCCUUCUCCCACGAAAGAAGGACGAGCUGCGCGACAUCGAUCGUCUUACUAUUGAACUCGGAAGGGGGAUCCUUACAUUCAAGGCUUACACAAGUCAAUCACCGGACGGCCGCGGUUCACCAUGGUUGCAGUGCACUGUUGAGUUCGAUAUUCCUCCGGUUCUUUCCCACGGGGAAAUAUUCUGCGCGAUGCUGCGUUUCGCUGUGGAUAUCUUCGAAAGAUGCUCUGUGACAAGCCUUGACAUUAUCGGAGACCAAAGCUGUUUCACUGAAGACGAUUGGGACAAAGUCUUCCUCGUCUUCCCUCGCCUGAAGUUUUUGACGGUCACCGCUACGAACACAGUACAAGCUCUGUUCGAUGCACUUCAGAUGUAUCAUCCAGAUGAUCACACUAGACUCACGGCUCCCGAUCUGGAAGUACUAUCUAUCGUAGGAGACGCCGAAGGCGAGGACAUAGCGGAUUGUCUACUGUUUCGACCUUCGCACGGUAGCCGUCUGAAGCUGUUCAACCUUGAGAAUCCAUGCGAGGACGACGUAGUCGGAGAAAGGAGAAAGUAUUAAACUCAAUGGGGAGACAAUGCAGCAGAUCCGAUCUGCGGUUGAUACAUUCCGGUACUAUUAUCAUCCAUUUUAAAGCAACUCCUCUUCUUUCGCGCACAAUCCCCUUGGCAUGUCAUGUCAGGCCCGUGUGUACCCUAUGUAAGCGACGAAACUCACGUCAGAAAGGCUUGGAUGAUCCCCUUCGCUGGACUUCUCGCCAUCGAAUCACUUGUUCCGAAUACGCAAAUAAAACCCAUCGAAGAGCUGGUUAGUGAGCAUGACAACCCAACGACUCCCUUUCAAGAAGGACGACCCAGUCCAUGAUUCCUGUACAUACUCUGACCUGCUGUCCGCGUAUGGCUCUCUAUUGUAAGUGUAUGCGCGUUUGAGGUGGGCGGCCACCUCAUCUCGAAUGAACGAUCAAAGACAAUAUUACUAAGUAUCC